ACUUCUCUUCACGUGAUGAUUGUGGCGCUUCUAGUUUUCCCGUCUGGCUGUGGUGCGCUAUUGUGAGACCAGCGUGACAAAUAACCUUAAGGACGAUGAAUCCUACAAUAAGCCCAGGGUCAUCAUCAGCUGUUUCUUCUGGGCAUUUUUUGCACUGCUCUGUCUUGUCCAGGAAUAUGGGUUGUAGCCACAACAUCAUCCCAAGUUGGAAACGUGAUGUGCCAUGCACACUUCCACGGAUGAAAUCCAGACGCAGAUUGGUGAAUUUCAGUGGUGUACAAAGGUCUCGAUGCCAGUCAGUAUCCCUUGCUUUUAAGCGACAUCUGGAAAGCAAAGAUCAGGAACCCAGUUCUAAACAUUUUCUGUCAGAGGAGAAGAUGGCUGCCCGUUUUAACUCCCUUAGCCUGGACAACGACCACAUCUAUAGUACUAACGGCUUCCCUGUUCACAGUGAAAACCCCAGAUGGGAGCAGGCAUAUACACAGUUGAAAGAGCUACAACGGAGGCUGUCUCAAGAUGGAGCAAGUGAUGAAACCAACUGCACAGAAGAAGAGCUGACCACAGUCAUUGUAGACGGUGAAUUCAUGAUGGGAGACUGCCCUAUGUUUGUGCCGUCUUCCUUCACGUUAGAAGGACUCGAAGGAAGCAGCGUUGCCUCUGAAGAAAUGUUUCUUUCUCUGAAUCCUUGUACCGAAGUUGUCCUGUGGAGCCCUCAUAGUAACUCCCUCUUGCGCACCAUCAGGACACUGAUGGCUCCCUCAUCGGCCCAGCCCCAUGUAGAAGCGGUAGCAAACCAAGAGGAAAUGGAAAUAUGAAUCAACAGCCCCAAUUUUAUUUCCCUUUGAAGUCAAAUUCACUUCUCUGUCUGGCUGUGUCUUUCAACAAAAAGCACCUUUAUCAGUUGGUAUAAACAUUUCACUAAAAUAUUUUACUUCACCAUGGCGGCAUUUGUGGUUUUCAGCCAGCUGCAAUAAUCUGAUCCUUUCUCUUCCAUCCACAUAAUGUACAGUAUACCUGCAACUAAGUCCAAUAUCUAUAUCACUUUAUUUUCUCUUUCAAUAAGCAAUCAAUGAAUACUUCCCAGGACACUGUAAUAUACUUUUAAAUAAGAGUUACAAUGGGCAUUCUAACCACUUUUAUACUUUAUUAGCACAGAAGUCAUAUUUUUAAUGUCCAUUGAAGUUGGAAGAAUUGUAAGGUGUUUUUUUUUCUUGACUUUGCUUCCGAUAAAGAGAACUUGACACUUUUACACUGCCAAAUGUUAUUUGACAGGAGCUGGCAUUAUGAUGAUCUCUUCCUGUUGGUACCUAGGGAGUGGCUAUAAUGGGGAAAUAA